AUGGACAACCAGGGGAACCGGCUGUACCUCAACAUUGCCAGCAGCGGCGGGAACAGCAACUCCAACAACAACGUCAGCCGCCUAGGUCCUGGUCUCGACCGAGCAGCAUAUCCAACCACUCCGUCCACAUUCCCACAACCCGUGUAUCCCCCCACGGCAAACCAGCAGGCCGCUUCAAGUGCCACUGGCAUGCAACAGCAGCAGCAACAGCAGCCAUACGGUUACGCUCCCCAGGGCUACUUCAACCCCAACCAACAGCAGUACCAGGCUGGUUACUCGGGUCAACCAAUGCCUACCCAUCAUCAAGACUUUGCCCAGGCCUACGGCCAAGGACGAUCCAACACUCCGGGUGCCAGCAACGACCCAAACACCGGUCUUGCCCACCAGUUCUCCCACCAGAACCUCGGCGGCGCUGCUCGGUCAGGCGGUUAUGGCUCACGAGGACCCUCUCCGGCCGGCGCUCAGAGGCCUCGCACUGCUGGUGGCUCCGGACAGGCGCAGAACUACAGCUACCUGAACGCCCCCAUGCCCUCCCAGCCCGGCUCCAAGGGUGGCUCACCCGACUUCGAAACCGCUCCUGAGCGCAAUCCCGACAAGUUUGGCUCGAAUGCGAACAACAACCAGAAGAAAUGCUCCCAGCUCGCCGCGGAUUUCUUCAAGGAUAGCGUCAAGCGGGCCCGGGAGCGCAACCAAAGGCAAUUGUCCGAGCCGAACCAGUCGCCAGCCCGCAGGGAACAGAUAUGGGCCACCGGUGGCCGUCGCGAGGGUUCCUACCUGCGUUUCCUGCGAACCAAGGACAAGCCCGAGAACUACAACACGAUUAAGAUCAUUGGCAAGGGAGCUUUCGGUGAGGUCAAGCUGGUGCAAAAGAAGGCCGACGGCAAGGUCUACGCCAUGAAGUCCUUGAUCAAGACGGAAAUGUUUAAGAAGGACCAGCUGGCGCACGUCCGAGCCGAAAGGGACAUUCUUGCCGAGAGCGACAGCCCUUGGGUGGUGAAACUGUUCACGACUUUCCAGGAUGCCCACUUUUUGUACAUGCUGAUGGAGUUCUUGCCCGGUGGUGAUUUGAUGACCAUGUUGAUCAAGUACGAGAUCUUCUCGGAGGAUAUUACGCGGUUCUACAUUGCCGAAAUCGUCCUUGCCAUCGAUGCCGUCCACAAAUUGGGCUUCAUUCACAGAGAUAUCAAACCCGACAACAUCCUCCUCGAUCGCGGUGGUCACGUCAAGUUGACUGACUUUGGCCUAUCGACUGGUUUCCACAAGCUCCAUGAUAACAACUACUACCAACAGCUGCUGCAGGGCAAGUCGAAUCGACCUCGCGACCGCAACUCCAUUGCCAUCGACCAGAUCAAUCUGACCGUGUCUAACCGUGCGCAAAUCAACGACUGGCGACGAAGUCGAAGGUUAAUGGCGUACUCCACUGUCGGAACGCCUGACUAUAUCGCCCCUGAAAUCUUCACUGGCCACGGUUACAGCUUUGACUGCGAUUGGUGGAGCUUGGGGACUAUCAUGUUCGAGUGCUUGGUCGGCUGGCCGCCAUUCUGUGCCGAGGACAGUCACGACACGUACCGCAAGAUUGUCAAUUGGAGGCAAAGCUUGUACUUCCCCGAUGAUAUCACCCUGGGCGCGGAGGCGGAGAAUCUGAUUCGAAGCCUGAUCUGCAACACCGAAAACCGUUUAGGCCGCAGCGGUGCUCAUGAGAUCAAGGGCCACGCCUUCUUCCGUGGCGUCGAAUUCGACUCGCUCAGACGUAUCCGAGCUCCGUUCGAGCCACGCCUCACCAGCAAUAUCGACACGACAUACUUCCCCACGGACGAGAUCGAUCAGACCGAUAACGCGACUCUGCUUAAGGCGCAGCAAGUGCAGGCGGCGAAGGCCGUAGGUGUUGUAGAGGAGAGUCCUGAGAUGAGCCUGCCCUUCAUUGGAUAUACCUUUAAGAGGUUCGACAACAACUUCCGAUAG